UCUCUCCCCGAUUUCGCUUUCUUGGUGCGGCCGGAAGAUUGAGUGGCGGCGUGAAGCGUGAGCCAGGGAAGCCAUGGCCAAGUGUUACCCGACCGUGAGCGAGGAGUACCGGAAAGCCGCUGCGAAAUGCAAGAGGAAGCUCCGAGGACUCAUCACCAAGAAACACUGUGCUCCGAUCGUCCUUCGACUGGCAUGGCACUCCGCUGGUACCUUCGAUGUGAAGUCUAAAUCGGGAGGUCCCUUUGGGACAAUCAGGCACCCUGCGGAGCUCGCUCGAGAAGCGAACACUGGAUUGGAUAUUGCCGUCAGGCUUCUGGAGCCGAUCAAGGAACAGUUUCCGAUCCUGUCUUACGCAGACUUCUACCAGUUGGCUGGGGUGGUUGCUGUUGAAAUUACUGGAGGGCCUGAGAUUCCUUUCCACCCCGGGAGACCUGACAAGAAUGAACCUCCCCCUGAAGGCAGGUUACCAGAAGCUACAAAUGGUCCCAACCGUCUAAGACAAGUGUUUGGUCAGAUGGGUCUUAGCGACAAAGAUAUCGUUGCCCUAUCUGGUGGCCACACUCUGGGUAGAUGCCACAAGGAACGCUCUGGAUUUGAAGGAGCCUGGACUACCAACCCUCUCAUUUUUGACAACUCCUACUUCAAGGAACUCCUUAGUGGAGACAAGGAAGGUCUGAUCAAGCUACCGUCUGACAAGGCUCUUAUUGAAGAUCCGGUCUUCCGUCCUCUCGUUGAGAAGUACGCUGCGGAUGAGGACGCAUUCUUCUCGGAUUAUGCAGAAGCUCAUCUGAAGCUGUCUGAGCUGGGAUUUGCGGAUGCUUAGUGAGGAGGCGAGAGGGGUGGCGCUGUCGUCUUGGAGGCUGUUUCCGAACUUCAUGUGCAUCUCUCUUGAUCGU